GUUUAGGUCUGAAUUAUAGACAUAUAUAUCUUCCAAUGUUUUGCUUGAAUUCUAUUUAAAUACCCGUGUCUUGUUAUCUGUAAAAAGCAAGGAUCUUUCGACAUUACAUAAAAAAGAUAAUGGAGGCCUGUACUGGAGAAAAUUUUCCACUGUCUGCAACAUCGUCUAGUCUGUAUUUCACUCAGAUAGAAGUUAAUUCACUCAAAGAAUUCCUGCAUACUGUUACCACAGAACAACUUCGACAGCUUCUGAAGAUUUUCAAAACCAGAUGUUUGAUUUCCGAAGAGCUGUAUAUUCGUCUAGAUCAAAUUCAUCGACAAAGUGGAGAUAUGGACGAAAUGUUUACCUUGCUCAUAACACACCUGUCUCGAAGAUGCACUUCAGGUUUACCGUACGUUUUGUUUGUAAUGUACCACUCUGGUUACCAGAACCUGGCUUAUACACUUUACACCAUCAAUCAAAAUAUCCUGGAAAUGUUGAAAAGAAAACCACCUCUAGUGCAAAGAUUAGAUACACUGAACAGGAAGAAAAUUCAAAUUUACUUCGAAUCUCUGAAGAAAAAUCUUCAAGACAUGAUCUUCCGUGAUCCCGUGGGUUAUUUCAUGAGACUAUCAAUAAAAGUUAGACAAAAAAUAUACACUACUGUUUAUUCCUCGGAAGAGGCUAUUCUUCAAGAAUUUUGUGAUAAAUAUGUUGUAACCUUAGCGCUCACUAUUGACGCUUUGUCAAACAAGACUAACCAAAUUGACCCCAACCACGAACUCUUCCGGGAUAUGGAGUCCAUCAUCUCUUUUACGUCAUGCCCAGACUUGUCUCGCUGUAUGCUGUAUGGCAGGAGAGCUGUAGCUUUGUCGUUUGUAAACAAAAGAGAAGGUGAAGGGCUCUUAAGAGAAGGUCUGAUUUGCUCACAGAGAGUUUCCAGUUGUUUAGAAAUCGUUGACCUACACUAUAAAAGUGUUCUCUUUCUCAGGACAUCGUUUGAAAACUUUCCUCAAAUUAUGCUAAAUCGUAUUUAUGAACACAUGCAAAGUGCAUUGCAAAUUUUAGAAAAUGAGCCGGAUGACGUGAGAAGGUUUUGGACGCAGAGGUUUAUCUUCCGUUUGCUUUGUUGUAUCUUAGGUUUGGGGAUGCGUUGUCGUUUUAUUGAAAAGUUUAAUUGCCCUUUCUACAUACUACAAGAGGCCGAGAGAUUACUUAGCAAGUAUGACUCGCCGGAUGCUGAGUGUCGUCUGCAGAUGUAUUUUUCCAUUGCCAAAUCCCGAUUGCAGAAUUUAAAAGGUGACAACAAUACAGCCUUGGAAUAUAUUUCUCAGGCAAAAGAGAUCGCUCGCAAAGGCAACUUCAGUGAAUUAAAAAAUAUUUUAGCUGCAGAGCAGGUUCUACUUUUGCCUAACGUAGCACCUUUAUUUGUUGAAACGGAGAACAACAAUGAUUUCACAGACAUCAUUGUCACAGAACCAAUCCAUCUUCCUCCAUCUUAUCAUCUUCCAUCAUCGUCAAAAGUCAGCAAUCAUAUUUUAACGUUGACCUUUCGGUCAAACUCUGAAGUACCUAUCUCAGUGCAAAGUUCCAUCAAAGAGGAAGAAAUUGGAAAUGAAGCCUACAUGCCAUCUGACGAAUCCAUACCCAAUGAAGAAGCUGCAAUAUCUCACGAUUUUUCUCGGGAGGUUGUUCACUUGAGGUCUGCCAAAAUAAAUCGUGAAACAAUAUAACUUUGACAUGUAAUUGGCGGAUUGCUGAUUCUCAAAUAAACCCUACCCACCGUGACAACGGUAACUAAGAUGUAUUAUACCCGAGAUUAGAUGUAAACAAUAUGGCGAUCGGAUUGUAUACCAGAUGAUUUUUCUGAUUCGUACUUUAACUAUACAUCUUCCUUGCCUUAAAAACAAAGGGCUACCAGUUUUGUUAAAGACUCGUAUGUUGUAUCCUUGAAUUUAUAUUCAGUUGGCGAUGAAAAUAUUCAGAUUCAAGUGCAUGUGUUCCGAAGCCACCGUAAAAUUGAAGAGCCACACAAAGUCAACUUAAAUAUGAAAGUUCCACUUCAGAAGAUUGACGAUGCUCACUGCAGCUGCAAGGUUAGGUUUAUCCAAGAUCAGACGCCACUGGUACAACCAAUUACAGAGUCUCGUGCAGGAAGUAGUUGUGGAGACAGUACAUUUCCCGAGGCCCUAAUCAUACAUGACCUUCCAGAUAUCCAACAUCUAAAACAAGAGUGGAGUGACAUUGACAUAACACAGAGAGAGGAAAAGUCAACACUAGGACAGUGUGUCAUCUUCUACAUCCUACGAAAAACCUAACGAAAUUGUUGCGAAACAAAUGUACAUAAAAAAGACAGGAAACCACCUUCAUGAUGUAACUUUCAUUGUAAUUUCUGAUUUGCCGUUUUUAGGUGCAGCACCUGAUGGCAUUACGUGUAAAAGCUAAGAUACAGGUAUAAUUGAAAUCAAGUGUCCAUAUUCUGUUCGAGACCUGUCAAUAAUUGAUGCUUGUUAAAAAAGACAGGAUUUCGUCAUAAAGAAAAAUGGCAAUUUUUUUCCUAAAACAUGAUCAUGCUCACUGGUACCAGGUCCAAGGAUAACAUUUUUUUUAUCAGGGGGGGGGUGAUAAAAAGAAGUUAUCCUAUGCUAUUUUUAUGUAGAACGUAUUUACAUCCCCCCUCAUCUACUAUGAAUACCUUGAUCCAGUAACUAUCUCUGUUUUAUGUUCAAUAUUUCAAACUAGAUGCCUCAAUAACUACUGAAUGAGGUAAUUUAUCAUGAAUGCUGUGGAAUUAUUAAAAUGCGUGGGGUACACUUUCCUCUGAUUGCCAAGACUUUAUAUUUUCAAUUUUUUGGGGGCUGUAAUUUAUUUUGUAGAUAUGAUUUCUGUACAAUGAAACAUCACAUAAUUUUUGUAUUUCGUUGUGGUUUGAAUUUUGUGGGAUGGAGAUACCCACGAAAGUUCAGUGCCCACGAAAUUUAAUUAUUCCACAGUACAUCUCCAAUAUACCACCAAGACAGGGUCAUGAAAUAGAAAAUUGUUUUGAAUACAAUCUAGCACAUGAAUAUCGUUUUGUGUGCUUUGUGUGCACCAUUAUGUAAAUCUGACCAAAAUCUGCUCCUUUGGUUUUAUAUUUUCGCUACAAGAGUCUCAGCAACAAUACAAAAAAUAUAUAAAGGAGAGGAUCUAGGAGUUAUUUUUAUCAGACGCCUAUGGAUUAUCAGUUUAUCACAUACAUUAUAAAGAUCAUGAAGUUAGUAAAUUCUAACUUACCUGUAUUUGAUUACAUUGUGUUAUGCGAGCGGCACGUGUUACGUUGUGGCACGUGUUACGUUGGAUACUAAACAACCCUGGGCAGCUUCAGGGUGUUCUAGUGGUGUUCUGCUGCAUUCCUUUUCAUUUCGAUUUAUAUACAACAAAAUGUUACUAUCAUACAUCUGUAGAAAAAUUCAUAGCAUUUG